AUGCGUGUCUUCGUUACAGGAGCAGCUGGAUUCAUUGGCCGUGCUGUUAUCCCAGAGCUCAUCAAUAACGGCCACACAGUCCUCGGCUUGGUACGUAGCGAUGCGUCUGCCGAAACCAUUACCAAGCUCGGCGCCGAAGUUCACAGAGGGGACUUGGAGGACAUCGAGAGUCUCAAGAGCGGUGCUGCAGCUAGCGACGGUGUGAUCCACCUCGCUUUCGUUCAUGAUUUCGCCAACAUGGCCAAAUCAAGUGCCAUCGACAGAGCAGCCAUCACCGCCAUGGCCGACCACCUCGAAGGCAAGCCACUUGUGAUCACCAACGGAACCAUGUCUUGCCCCAAGGGCGUUUUGGCCACCGAGGACACAGAAGGAGAGACUGUCGGUCCUGCUGCUGACCGUGUCAAGGCCGAGGCUUUGGUCAAGGAGCUCACGAAGACCAAGGGUAUCCGCGGUUCCGUUGUGCGUCUCACACCCACUGUCCACGGCUUGGAGGACAAGGGGUUCAUCAAGAUUGUUGCUGGUCUGUCCCAGAAGGCUGGUGCUGCUAUUUACAUCAACGAUGGCUCCUCACGCUGGUCCGCCGUUCACCGAUUAGACGCUGCCGUCUUGUAUCGCUUGGCUCUGGAAAAAGGACAACCGGGGGCCAUCUACCAUGCUGUUGCUGAGGAGGGUGUCCCCACCAAGGAUAUCGUCACCUUGAUCGGCAAGAAGACCGGUCUGCCAGUUGAAGGCAAGACGAUGGAAGAGGCUACUCCUCUUUUGGGAUUCUUUGCACAUGCUCUCGCUGCUGACAACCCAGCAAGCAGCGAGAAGACCCGCAAGGAGUUGGGAUGGACACCUACCCAGAUCACAUUGCUCAAAGACAUUGAAGAGAACUACUUUAAAUGA